AUGGAGCUUAGAAAGUGGAUUACGAAAACUUACAAUGUUGAAUUACCAUAUCUAAAAGUAUUUAGAGGUAAAGAGCAAGCUUAUAUUGAUAUGUAUGGUAAGUGGGAAGAAUCAUUCAUGAAGUUGGAUGAAUUUAGAGAAGAACUAUUAAAUAGGAAUGAAGGAAGCAUUGUGGAAAUUGACAUUGAUAUUUCUGGUGACAAGAAACGGUUCAAAAGGUUUUUUGUUUGUCUAGCAGCUUGUUCUAAAGGGUUUCUUGGUGGUUGUCGUCCUUAUAUUGCUCUUGAUGCUUGCCAUUUAAAAGGAAAGUUCACUGGUGUACUAGCUGCUGCAACGGGUAUUGACGGUAAUAAUUCCAUUUUUCCAAUAGCUUAUUCUGUGCUUGAAUCAGAGAGUACACAAUCAUGGACAUGGUUUCUUGAAUCACUUAAAAAGGCAAUCGGGAUGCCAGAUGGUCUUGUGAUCUCAUCAGACAUGAAAAAAGGGUUAGAAGUAGCUGUGAUGCACAUUUAUCCUAAUGUUGAGCAUAGAGAAUGUGUACGACACCUAUAUAGCAAUUUCAAGAAACAAUUUCGUGAAUCGUUUAAUUCUUGGAUUGGUGCAACACGUUAUCAACCUUUGCUUGAUCUACUUGAUGCAAUUAGAGAAAAGCUGAUGAAAUGGUUUGACAAGAAGAGGAUGUUAGUGAAAAGAUGGAACGGCGUAUUGGUUCCCAAUGCUAAGAUUCGUCUCAACGACAUCUCUAAGAACUUGGGUGAAUAUGAAGUAUGUAGAAGUGGUGAUAACCAAGUUGACGUGAAGUUCAAGGGAUCGCGUUGGGAAGUCAACCUAGACAAAAGAAAAUGUGGUUGUCGAGUGUGGCAAGUUACGGGCGUUCCAUGUGUACAUGAAGCGGCUUUUAUUGCUUUUACAAGGGAUGCUAAUUGGGACCAAUAUGUUGAUCAAUAUUUUAGUAUAGAGAAAUUUAAAGAAGCAUAUGCUUUCAAAAUUGCUUCGAUGCCCAGAAAGGAUCAAUGGAUUAAAAAAGAUGGGGAUAAAAUUUAUCCACCACUCAUGAAACGACCGCCUGGAAGACCAAAAAAAAUAGAAUUAAACCCUCGGAUGAGCCUAAAAGAAGGCACAAGUGUCCGCGAUGUGGUGAGUAUGGACACCGUGAAAAGACUUGCAAAAAUCCGACAUCUCAAAGUAUUGAUCCAAGUGAAACAUCCACGUCUACAAGGAAAUGUGGAAAGAAAACAAAAUCUACCGGUAGCUCGGGAGUUUCAGGUCCAUAUGAAAAAGAUUGAUGACAAUAGUUGGUCCUUUUGA